AUUUAAAAAAAACACAGAGUUUGGGUUCGUAACUCCUUAAAUCGAACAGCAGUGGCGCCAUUUUCUUUUGUCGUCGUCGUCGGAAGCAAUCGCCAUGGAAGGAAAAACUAGAAAAGUUCAGAUAUCGCAGGAGGCAUUUAAUGCUCUGGUCCAAGAAAACAUCAAUGACUUCGAAAUGGAACCCGAGGAAGCUCUCGAGGAUGCCAUUCAGACCUUCAAAUUGCAGGGAGCCGAUCUAGCAGGUAUUGUGACAAGCAUCGCAGGGGGGGAGAAUAUAAACAAUCAUCCUGUAAUUCAGUGUUUAAAUGAACUGAGAGCAGUUACCACCAAUUUGGACUUUCUAAGCUUGCAAGAAAUGCAAUCUGUAACACCAUCAAUUAGUCAGAAGCUGAAUGAAGAGAACAAAAAUUCUAUGCUUGUAAAGAUAGUAGAAGCACUAGAUGCACUUAGCUCAGUGUGUUCUAGUGGUGGAUCUGACAAUGCCUCCAUCGCAGUCAAGAAUGGAGGAAUCGAGCUCAUUACCUCGAUUUGUGCAACACUCAGAUAUGGUGGGGAAGAAGCAUUGAUAUCUUCUCUAAAGACAUUGUCUUUACUUUUACAAGAUGUUCAAAGUACAGAGCUAUUUAGACAAAGUGGUGGACCUAAGAUUCUUAUGGAAAUAUCAGAUGAUCAUAAUCUAAAUAAUAACAUCAUAGAACAUGCUUGUGCAGUUGUGGCAGCAGCAGCCACUGGAAAUGAGGUCCUUAAGGAUGCAUUUAUGGAAAUGAAAAUAGAUGAUUUAGUGUUGAGAUUAUUGAAGAGAAAGGAAGCCAACAAUGUCAAAAGUGUAUAUGAUGUUAUACGAGUGAUGGUUACAGCUGAUGAUGACCGUGUUGCUGCUUCACAAGCUUACACACAUGCACGAAGAUUUGCAGACAUUGGCGUGGCUGAAGUACUUCUAGAUAUUGUUCAACAAGAUGGCCUUAUUUCCACUUCCUUGACAUCUUUUUGUACAACUCUUAGAAGUGUGGCAGUAAAUGAUGAAAUAUGCAAAUCGAUUGCUGAAAAUGGUGGUCUGGAUGUGGUUUUUCAAUGUAUAGAUGAAAGCAUACAGCAGAAUAACAAAGUAUUAUCAAAGACAGCUUGCUCACUGCUGACACAGUUAGCAGGUAGCGAUGCAAACAAAGAUGCUGUUGUUCUCAAAGGAGGAAUUACUAAGAUGAUAGGUCUUUCUUCUAUCUAUAUAGAGGAGCCUUCUGUUCUGCAAGAGAUUAUGUCAACUAUCCGUGCUGUAUCAUUGCGUUCCCCUGCAAAUGCAGCCAAGGCAGUUGAAGCAGGGGCAGUUGAUCUUGCUUCUGAAGCUAUGGAGAAACAUCCUUCAGCCCAUCUGAUGCAGAAACAAGCUUGUUUGAUGAUUCGUAAUCUUGCCGUUAGAAAUCCCGAAAAUAGACCGAUCAUACUGGAGAAAGGUCUUGAAAAGCUGAUAAGGAUUGCUAAGACAAAUCACGAAAGCUGCAAAGAUGCUGCUGCUUCUGCUUUAAGAGAUCUUGGGUUAGAUGACUACAAUGUCUAAUCGACAAGCUUUAGAACACAAUGCGAGAAAUAGACUUAAGAUUAAGUAGAACAAGAAUUGAGUGGCACAUCUACACUUCUAAACCAAUCAUUAUGAAUUGUAACUGCAGAUUAAGUAGAACAAAAAUUUGAGUGGCGUGCCUACACUACUAAACUAGUCAUUGUGAAUUGUAACUGCCUACAAUGACAUCUCAUUGUAGCGAAAAAACCCUUUUGAUUCCUUUUUAGGAAGUAAUUUCUUGUAUUGACCUUUUUCUUUCUUUUUUCUUAAUAUUUAAGUAUAAAGAAUGAGCAGUCGAGCAGGAGAUUGGUUUUAAUGAGGCUCUUAAUUCAUGAAAAUCUAUUCCAUGGUAAAAGCUGAAAUUAUUGUUCAGUUAUUUUUCCUCAUUCUGUCUUUUGACAUCACUUGGAUCAUCACAGACUACAAACGGAUUGUGAAGAUUCACUAUCUGUAAUGGCAAUCAUUAGAAGAUACAAUCACCCGUCACAAGCUGAUGUACUUGUUUGUAAAACAAGAAAAGCCAAAGUAUUUUUCAAAAUAAUCAACUGGGCAAUUCUUAUACCA